AUGGAUCCUCCAAGCAUUUCACCUCUAUUGGAUCGACUUGAAGAUGAGCUCGAUAAUCUCGAGGAAGCACUACAGCCCAUCCUUGGUAACAUCUCGGAUGUCGCCAACAAGCUACCCCUACUUGAUAAAGCCAAACUCUACGUACUUGCGACGUAUUCUAUAGAAUCGAUGCUCUUCUCUUCCCUCCGACUCAAUGGCGUUGAUGCGAAGGAACACCCCGUCUUCAAGGAACUAGCCCGCGUGCGGCAGUACUUCGACAAGAUCAAGAACAUCGAGACACCCCCGGAGAAACCCGAGCAGACUUUGAAUAAGGAAGCCGCUAUCCGAUUCAUUAAAGCAGACUUAGCUGAGAACAAUAACAAAGUUGUUAACACCAAGCUUAGCGAGAUGAUCGCGAAGGAACGCGCCAAGGCUGCCCUCAAGGCCGCCAAAGCAGGUGGUAAGCGAAAAGCUGAAGUAUCCGCCCCUCCGGAAGAAACAACUGAGUCCAACGGUGAGGAACUGGAAUCAGAGGAUUCGCGGAAGAAAAAGAAGAAAGAGAAGAAGGAGGAAAAGAAGCAUAAGGACAAAAAGAAUAAGAAGACAUCCAAGAUUCGGAGGGUCCUAAAUCACCUUGCUUACUUUCACCCCAUAUGCGCGCGUGUCGACCCCAAUGUUCCCGUCGAGACUUCGAUCAAGACGUUGGCCGAACUCGUCAAGGAGUGCAAGAUCGGAGGCAUCGGCCUAAGCGAGGUCAGCGCAAAUACGAUCCGCAAAGCAUACGCCGUACAUCCCAUCUCGGCCGUCGAGAUCGAGUUAAGUCUGUUUACAACCGAUCCGCUGCAUAACGUCGGCAUCCCUAUUGUAGCCUACAGUCCUGUCGGCCGCGGCUGGCUAACGGGCAAGCUGCGCAAGCCCAAGGACAUCCCAGCGAACGACUACCGACGCAUGCUCUCGCGCUUCCAGCCGGGUAUCUUCGAGCAGAACCUCCAGCUCAUCGAGGCCGUAGAGCAGCUCGCCAAACGCAAGGGCGUCACGACGGCGCAGGUGGCUAUCGGGUAGGUGGUCGAGCAAGGUGCCAUCCCUAUCCGCGGCUCCGCCCGGGCCGAGAGAGUUAUCGAAAAUACGAAGGCUGCGGAGUUGGCGGAUGAAGAUUUGAUUGAGAUUCGGAGGAUUCUUGAGGCCCUGCCUGUUAGUGGUGAGCGCUACGGAGGUAAUUUCGAGGAGCUGAUUAACCUAUAGUAGAUAUGCAUGUAUACCUACCUUGGUACUCACGAAUAAAGAAGAUAGCUCAAUAUAUUGCGAAGUUUUUUUUUUUUU